GACAAAAUAAAAUACAAAUCUCAAUCACUGAUCGAUCAUUAUAGAGAUCAGAUCUCUUGACCACACACUAAAUGCGAGAUGUUGGUUUUCAGAUUAUAUAUGAGUCAAGUACCACUAGUUUGAUUGUUUUAAUUUUUGAUGUAAUAAUUCUCACGACCUCAACAAGAUCGUUUAAAGUAAGCAACAAUGGCGGAUUCGUCAGCACCAUUGUUGACACACCUUGAAGAAGAUGAAGACACUUCGUCGCCUCUAACUUUCGGCAAGAUCCUCGAACAAAGCUUGUCUGAUUUCGGAUUCUCGCAGUUCUUACAGAUAGUUCUUGUUGGACUCGCCUUAACCUUCGAUUCCCACCAGAUAUUCAUCACCGUCUUCACAGAUGCAUAUCCUACGUGGCACUGUCUCGACCACACGAUCUGCAAUCCGGCAACUACCGAUAUCUGUAAGAUUCCCCGGUCAGCUUGGGAGUGGGACGACGGUGGUUUCAAGGGUAAAUCAGUCAUUUCAGAGUUCGAUCUCGAGUGCUCGAGCUCCCUUCUCAGAAGUCUACCUAGUUCAACUUUUUAUGUGGGUUCUAUAGUUGGAGGAAUCUUCUUGGCUAUGAUCCCAGACGGUACCUUGGGACGGAAGCAACUUCUUUUUUUCUCGACUUUCGCAAUGUCACUCACUGGAAUCUCGAUUUCUUUAUCCUCCAACAUAUGGAUCUACUCUUUCUUAAAGUUCGUGAUCGGAUUCGCCCGUUCCCAGACUGGUACAUACGCGUUAGUUCUGAUAAGUGAGCGAGUUUCCACUAAAUGGAGACCGCGAGCUACUAUGAUUCCUUUUACUCUGUUUGUGUUAGGGUUCAUGUCGCUAUCUGGAAUCGCUUACCUUGUCCGACACGAUUCCUGGAAAGUUCUCUAUCUAUGCACAUCCGUUCCUGCAGGAAUCCACAGUAUUGUCAUCUAUUUUUUUGCCCUAGAGUCGCCGCGCUGGCUCCAUUUGGAAGGGAAGAAUGAUGAAGCCAUUGAAGUGCUCAAAAGAAUUUCACCUGCAAAGAGAGGUUACUUGGAAUCCGCGUUUUCUAGGUUACCUCCAAAAGAAACAUUAGAACUAACUUCAAGCUCUUCUAUCAAGGACUUGUUCAUCAGGAAAUGGGCUUUUCGAAGAAUCGUACUUGUUAUGAUCAUAAUGUUUGGGUUGGGAAUGUCGUACUAUGGAGUUCCAUUAGCGGUUAGAGACAUAAAAGUGAACAUCUAUCUGAGCGAAGCCCUAAACGCAAUGGUGGAGUUACCGACGUUUGUUAUCACACCGAUCUUGCUAGAGAAAUUUAGCAGGAGAAGCUCUAUGCUUGUAAAUUGCUUAAUUGGAGGUGCAUCAGGAGUGCUAUGUUUCGUUAUGAGCCUUUUGGGGAGAACAAAAAUCGCAUUCGCUCUCGAACUCGGUUCUUUCUUUUGCGCUAGGAUUGGAUUCAAUUUAAUGGCGGUUUAUAUGGUUGAGCUAUUCCCUACAUGCGUGAGAAAUAGCGCAACAACGAUGCUUAGACAAGCGCUUGUGGUUGGAGGAGCUUGUUGUCCAAUCAUUGCUUCGGUUGGAAGAAAUCUUCCGUCACUAUCUUUUGCAGUUUUUGGAUUUACGAUGUCAGGUGUAGGGUUAUUCGUUUUGCUUCUUCCUGAGACCAAAGGGUCAAGUCUAUGUGAUACAAUGGAAGCACAAGAGCAGAGAGACCAAGCCUUGAAGAGUAGCCAUAGUUGCUGAAAACAGAGUUUCAGAAACCUAUAUAUUCUUUUACUCAAUUUCCAUAUAUAAUUGUCUCUGAACAGAACCAUUUAAUUCCGGUAAUACCGUUAAGCUCCGGUUAAUCAAGCCAUCUGUUAAAUUUU